AGGUUUCACUGCAGGGGCCCGCUUGGGUUCAGUGACGCUGCGGCUGCCUCCUGCCUGUGUCCGAGGUCUCCGGGCGGGGGGGUGCGGUCGUGCAAUAGGAAGCCAAGGGCAUUGCAAGCUUCCCGUUGAGCACCGGCUCAACUUCGCGCCCUGCGCGGUGCAUUCCUUCGACACCUCCCGGGACCCCACCUGUGGCCCCCCGGAGUCCCUCUCUCACGUCGGCCAUGCCUUUAAACCGCACUUUGUCCGUGUCCUCACUGCCAGGACUGGAGGACUGGGAGGAUGAAUUCGACCUGGAGAAUACAGUGCUCUUCGAGGUGGCCUGGGAGGUGGCCAACAAGGUGGGUGGCAUCUACACCGUGCUGCAGACCAAGGCGAAGGUGACAGGGGACGAGUGGGGUGACAACUACUACCUGGUGGGACCCUACACGGAGCAGGGCGUGCGGACUCAGGUGGAAGUGCUCGAGCCCCCCACCCCAGCCCUGAAGAGGACCCUCGACUCCAUGAAUAGCAAAGGCUGCAAGGUGUAUUUCGGUCGCUGGCUGAUUGAGGGAGGCCCCCUGGUGGUGCUCCUGGAUGUGGGGGCAUCAGCCUGGGCCCUGGAGCGCUGGAAGGGGGAACUCUGGGACACCUGCAAUAUUGGGGUGCCCUGGUACGAUCGAGAGGCCAACGACGCUGUCCUGUUCGGUUUUCUCACCACCUGGUUCCUGGGUGAGUUCCUGGCCCAGAAUGAGGAGAAGCCACAUGUGGUGGCACAUUUCCAUGAGUGGCUGGCAGGCAUCGGGCUGUGUCUGUGCCGAGCCCGGCGGCUGCCCGUGGCCACCAUCUUUACCACCCAUGCCACGCUGCUGGGGCGAUACCUGUGUGCUGGCGCCGUGGACUUCUACAACAACCUGGAAAAUUUCAACGUGGACAGGGAGGCGGGCGAGAGGCAGAUCUACCACCGCUACUGCAUGGAGCGGGCGGCGGCCCACUGCGCACACGUCUUCACCACCGUGUCCCAGAUCACUGCCAUUGAGGCGCAGCACCUGCUCAAGAGGAAACCAGAUAUCGUCACACCCAAUGGACUGAAUGUGAAGAAGUUUUCUGCUAUGCACGAGUUCCAGAACCUCCAUGCUCAGAGCAAGGCCCGGAUCCAGGAGUUUGUACGGGGCCAUUUUUAUGGGCACCUGGACUUCAACCUGGACAAGACAUUGUACUUCUUUAUUGCUGGCCGCUACGAGUUCUCCAACAAGGGUGCUGAUAUCUUUCUGGAGGCCUUAGCCCGGCUCAACUAUCUGCUACGAGUGAACAGCAGUGAGCAGACAGUUGUCGCCUUCUUCAUCAUGCCAGCCAGGACCAACAAUUUCAACGUGGAAACCCUCAAGGGCCAGGCCGUGCGCAAGCAGCUAUGGGAUACAGCCAACACCGUGAAGGAGAAGUUUGGGAGGAAGCUUUACGAAUCCUUGCUGGUGGGCAACCUCCCGGACAUGAAUAAGAUGCUGGAUAAGGAGGACUUCACCAUGAUGAAGAGAGCCAUCUUUGCCACGCAGCGCCAGUCUUUCCCUCCUGUGUGCACCCACAAUAUGUUGGACGAUUCCUCGGACCCCAUCCUGACCACCAUCCGCCGGAUUGGCCUAUUCAACAGCAGCGCAGACAGGGUCAAGGUGAUAUUCCACCCAGAGUUCCUGUCCUCCACCAGCCCCCUGCUCCCUGUGGACUAUGAGGAGUUCGUCCGUGGUUGCCAUCUUGGGGUCUUCCCCUCCUACUAUGAGCCAUGGGGCUAUACACCCGCUGAAUGCACGGUCAUGGGCAUCCCCAGUAUCUCCACCAACCUCUCCGGCUUCGGCUGCUUCAUGGAGGAGCAUAUUGCAGAUCCCUCAGCCUACGGUAUUUACAUUUUGGACCGGCGGUUCCGCAGCUUAGAUGAUUCCUGCUCGCAGCUCACCUCCUUCCUCUACAGCUUCUGCCAGCAGAGCCGGCGCCAGCGCAUCAUCCAGCGGAACCGCACGGAGCGCCUCUCCGAUCUUCUGGAUUGGAAAUACCUAGGCCGGUACUAUAUGUCAGCACGCCGCAUGGCACUGGCCAAGGCCUUUCCAGAGCACUUUACGUACCUGCCCCGUGAGGCCGAUGCGACUCAGGGCUACCGCUACCCACGGCCGGCGUCCGUACCCCCUUCGCCUUCGUUGUCGCGACAUUCGAGCCCACACCUGAGCGAGGACGAGGAGGAGCCCCGGGACGGGCUGCCCGAUGUGGACGGCGAGCGUUACGAUGAGGAAGAGGAGGCUGCCAAGGACCGGCGCAACAUCCGUGCCCCCGAGUGGCCCCGCCGCGCCUCCAACGCGGCAAGCAGCAAGCGCGGCUCGGUGGACACGGCGCCGUCCAGCUCGCCCAGCACCCCCAGCUCGCCCCUCAGCCCCGCCAGCUCUCUGGGUGAGGAUCGCAACUAACAGCCGUUGGCCCCCACACUCCCUGCUCACCUGCCCCCUCCCCCGCCCCCACCAUCUGAAGGGCGGAUGCGGAGCGGGAACUGUCGCCAGCACCCCACUCCUGAUCCAGAACACUCUGUGGGGUACACUGCCCCACCCCCUCUGCCAUACACUCCAGCCCCUCCAACUCUACUCUUGAACUCCACCCCCCACCCCCCACACUCCAGCGCCUCACUGCUGUGCCUUUCUUGGGUGCCAGAGCCAUAGUCUGGGCCCUGGACUUCCACUCAGGCCUGUUGGGGUCCUGCAAGCCAGAAAGUGCCAUUACCUGCCCCUGUGGUGCCAGCCAGGCUCCAGAGGCCCUUUUGGCUUGCCAAUUCUACAGCACGCCAAGCUCAGGUCUGGCAGCUCCCUGUGACCCCGCUGAUGGGACAGUCAUAGGGCUCUUUCAGGGACUUGGGUUCAGAUGCAAAAGGUCCUACAUGUCCAGUCCCGACUUGGUCAUGGACAGACAGUAUCCUGGAGAUUACUUGGGAUGAGCCUUCCCUGGGGGUGUCCAGGAGAAUCUCUCCACCACUCCCCCUCUUCGGCCUUUUCUGGACCUCACCCCACGCCUUUGAGUCUGACCUAUCCCUAUAGUUCCAGGCUUCUCUGCUCCGGGGGACCGUCCUGCUGAGGACAAAACUACUGUCAGGCCCUCAAAAUUUCCCAAUGACUUGGCACCCCCCACUCCCCACAAAACCACUGGGUUCUAGGUUUCCACGGUCGAAUCUAGAACCUCACCGUUAUGCUGCCUCCCGGUCCCUUUUCCCUUAUCCAGAGUGGAGCCCCAGGGCUCUCAGACUUCCAUAUGUACCUCAGUGCUCUUCCACCCCAAGCCACGCCUGCCCCCCAGCUCAGGUGAAGGAGGGGCCCUUCAUGUGUGCCGUGUCCCUGUACUUGGUUUGCAGUGGGGAGGGGGCGGGGAGAAGGGGUGUGACUGAAGUGUGUCCAGAGAUGAAAAAAUACAUCUAUAUUUAAGAAG